CUGACAUCGGCCAUUGUCCCCAGAGCAGGACAUGUCCCCUCAACACAAACGUCCCCUCCCUGCACCCUGCAGUGUCCCCAUGAGUGCCACUCGUGCCUCAUGGGGACACCUCUGCCUUGGAGGUGGUGGCACCCUGGUGGUGGCUCUGGCUGGGACAGCAUUUGGUGUCACCUCCUCGGGAGUGGAAAAUCCCCUCGACAUCGGGGAAACUGAGGCACAGAGCGGUGCCACAGCCCGGGGGCAGCUCCAAGAUGGGACAGUGACAGGGACAGGCAGCGCCACCCCUUUGCCACCCGUUCGCCCAGUACGCCGAGAUCGUGAACUUCACCCUGCCCAACGGCACCACCCGCAGCGGGCAGGUGCUGGAGGUGAUGGGCGCCAAGGCCAUCGUGCAGGUGUUUGAGGGCACAUCGGGCAUCGAUGCCAAGGCCACAACGUGCGAGUUCACGGGGGACAUCCUGCGCACGCCGGUGUCCGAGGACAUGCUGGGCCGGGUGUUCAACGGCUCCGCCAAACCCAUCGACAGCGGCCCCCCAGUGAUGGCCGAGGACUUCCUGGACAUCAACGGCCAGCCCAUCAACCCCCACGGGCGGAUCUAUCCCGAGGAGAUGAUCCAGACCGGGAUCUCUCCCAUCGACGUCAUGAACAGCAUCGCCCGCGGACAGAAAAUUCCCAUCUUCUCCGCUGCCGGGCUGCCCCACAACGAGAUUGCAGCACAGAUCUGCCGCCAGGCCGGGCUGGUGAAGAAAUCCAAGGAUGUGGUGGAUUUCCAUGAGGACAACUUUGCCAUCGUCUUUGCAGCCAUGGGGGUGAACAUGGAGACCGCGCGGUUCUUCAAGUCGGACUUCGAGCAGAACGGCUCCAUGGAGAACGUCUGCCUCUUCCUCAACCUGGCCAACGACCCCACGAUUGAGAGGAUCAUCACGCCGCGGCUGGCACUGACCACGGCCGAGUUCCUGGCGUACCAGUGCGAGAAGCACGUGCUGGUCAUCCUGACCGACAUGAGCUCCUACGCUGAGGCCCUCAGAGAGGUGUCAGCAGCCAGGGAGGAGGUCCCGGGCCGCCGUGGCUUCCCUGGCUACAUGUACACAGACCUGGCCACCAUCUACGAGCGCGCUGGGCGCGUGGAGGGCAGGAACGGCUCCAUCACACAGAUCCCCAUCCUCACCAUGCCCAACGACGACAUCACCCACCCCAUCCCUGACCUGACUGGCUUCAUCACCGAGGGCCAGAUCUACGUAGACCGGCAGCUCCACAACCGCCAGAUUUACCCCCCCAUCAACGUUCUGCCGUCCCUGUCCCGGCUGAUGAAAUCGGCCAUCGGAGAGGGAAUGACCAGGAAGGACCACGGGGACGUGUCCAACCAGCUGUACGCCUGCUACGCCAUCGGGAAGGACGUGCAGGCCAUGAAGGCCGUGGUGGGCGAGGAGGCCCUGUCCGCCGACGACCUCCUGUACCUGGAGUUUCUGCACAAGUUCGAGAAGCACUUCAUCUCCCAGGGUCCCUACGAGAACCGGAGCAUUUUCGAGUCGCUGGACAUCGGCUGGCAGCUCCUGCGCAUCUUCCCCAAGCAGCUCCUCAAGCGCAUCCCCGAGAACAUCCUGGCCGAGUUCUACCCCCGCGAGGCCAAGGCGCCCGAGCAGGGCACGGCCCUGUGACCCCAAAUCCACACAAAACCCCUUUUCCUGCAAUUGGAUCCCCCUUCCUAAAAUCACAUCCCCCUUUCCUAAAAUUGGCAACAAUCUCUUUGUUUUUAUUGGUGAAUAAACCACCGUGGUCACCAAA